AUGGGCGAUGAAGGGCACGAUCCUGUCCUGGCCAGGGAGGACUCUCAUGAGGCUGACUUCAGACCGGGAAAGAGACAGCGCACAUUUAUUGCGCGUCAGGCAUGCGAAGCAUGUCGGGCCAAGAAGACGAGAUGCGACGAGGACAUGCCCUGCAGUCUCUGCAGGACUCUAGGAAUCGAGUGUACUUACGCGGAACGCAAACCGACCAAAAAUGAGAUCUCCAUGAGCAUGAUUUUCAACACGUUGAAACGAAUGGAGUCUAAGAUCGACCAUCUCUCCGACCAAGAUCCUCCUUCAAAAUCCCGACAGCAGUCGGUAGCAAUUUUAAGUGAGCAUGAUCGCCAUACGACAGAGAGCCCGGGUCGCAUGGAAUCCGCCAUGUCAAUCAGGUCCAUAACCUCGCCUCAGGCCCCUACCCCAGUACCGCCGACCAAAUUACCCGGGCUACUGUCGUUCAGUGCUCAUCAGACGGUGCAUUGGCCGGGCGUGGUAGCAACCCUCCCGCCCAGUCUCUCUAGCGCGGCAGGCAACCUUGAAAAAAGCUAUCCUACGCUGUUGGAAUCAGGACGAGCCCAGCUCAGUCCGAUGAUACCAGCGCAAGCGGGACUUACAGGAGAAGACUGGCUUGCUUCACUCAGUUUAUCCUGCGUCAAAGAAUUAUCAAACGCUUAUUUCGACACCUUCAACCGCGUUUACCCAUGUAUUGACCGCGACUUCUACUUCUUGAGUACCCUCGCCGUUGUGGUACGGGAAGGUUUCGGCUAUGACAUGGAGUCAUGCCUCGUACUGAAUGUCAUGGCUCUGGGAUGCAUGGGUCUCAAAGCCUACGAGGAAGGAGGUUUUGAUACUUCGCUUACGGAAUCCCUAUCUCCGAUCAUCCGUCAUAUCAUAGACGAAGAAAUCCCCGGAUUGAGCUUCUUCAAUGAGGCCCGUAAACGGGUCGGAUUCUGCCUCUGUGAGCGGGACAUUCAAAGCUGCCAGUACUACCUGGUGUCCGCUGUGUUCUUUGCUCAAACCAUGCGGCCGGUCGACGAAUGGAUGAUGACCAAUCGCGCCGCCAUGACCUGUACGGCAUUCUUCAAAUGCCCACCGAUGCCGCAUGACGAGUGGUCGGCGGACAUGCAAUCCCGCCUAUUCUGGACCGCUCUAGUGCUUGAGACAGUAAUUGUCCAAGAAUUGGAACUGCCUCCGAGUCGACUGAAGGAGUUCGAGGACGUCGUGCCACUUCCGAAAUUCAUCACGUAUCCCUAUGCCGACAAGUCACGCCCAUGGAACUCGGAUGAUUCGUACUACCACUACCACUUCCUCGCCCAGAUUGCGCAUCGGAUCAUCCUCAGCCGCAUCCGGGAAGAGCUAUACUACAGCAACCCGUCGGCCGCCCUGGCGGACGAGUUGCGGCACCAGCUCGAACAGUGGCGAGAAAAUCUGCCCCCGGGGCUGCAGUGGACCAGCGAAGGUGAAGAUCAGGUGUUUGGCAGCCCUGCCGAUGCCGUUGUCUUGACCCUCCUACAGGCCCGAUAUCGCAUCUCCAGGUUCCACCUCGGCCGGCCAUUCCUGUACAAAGCCAUUCAAAAGCCCAUGUCUGUCUCGGACACGGACUUGAAAAUGUGUUCAGAAGCUCUGCAAUUCGCCAUGGAUUGGCCUUUGGCUCUGGAUGUGUGUGUGAGGAUGAAGGAUUUCAUGCCGCUGAAGUACUUUGUGUCUGGCCAAAUGUUUGGUCAACUCUUCAUAUUUCAUGCUUUCAAGAACUCACCCAACCCUCGUGUCCGGGACACGCUACCCCUGGGAUAUGAUGUAUGGUGUACCAAGAUGUUAAGGUUCAUGUCUGAACUCGUCGCCUUAAGUCCUACUGUCGCCCAGGACUUUGAAUUGUUGUCCACGUUGUACCAUCUUGCCGAGGUAUGA